GUGAUUUUUCAGACAACCUCGCAAAGACAAGAACUACAACAUUCAACAUUCAGCAUCCAACAUCCAACAUCCAACACGAAAGCACGAAAACACGGAACACUCCAUAAGAAAUCGCCAUGGCAUCCUUAUACGACCUGACUAUUCCGAUCUUGACCAAGAUCCUCAAGACUGAGGUAGACGUACUCAAAGAUGCCGAGAAAUACGCCAAGGAGAACGGCAAAUCCAUAGAUGAGCUUCUCAAAGCCCAACUUAUCCCUGACAUGUAUGCCGCAACGAUACAAAUCGGGAUCACAGUCUUGUUCUCCAGGAAGGUCCUCCAGUUACUGGCUGGGAGUAAAAUCGAAUACAGUGUGAAGCCGGCUUCGCUGGAGGAAAGUUAUGCUCAAAUCCAGGAAGUCCUCAGCGAACUGGCAACUGUCAAGCCCGAGGCCAUCAACGGACGAGAAGCUGAAAUCAUCGAGUUUUCCGUCGGCAAACCAACAACCAAAGCUCCUGCUAUAGAAUGGUUCGUUCAAGUUUCUUCAAGCCUCGCAUUUCCCCCUUUUUGACCGGAGUACUAACUAUAUCGAUAGUAUGUGAACUGAGCGAUUAUAUAUUUAUCUACUUACCUACCUACCUAUCCCUCCCUUUACUUCCGGCUUGUCCUACGAUAGGUAAUGAGAAACGUGCCUAAGACCAAAGACGCUAACGUUUACUAGUUGUGCAACAAUCUGUUUUGCCUCAGAUGUACUUCCAUUUGAAUACUCUUUACUCCAUCCUAAGGAAGGAAGGCGUUCCGCUUGGCAAGAUGCUCUAUCUGACCCAUUUCAUUGAAGGGUGGACGUUUUCAGAGCCCAGCAAGUAGGGAUAUCAGGUGACUCCUUAUUAGCUCAGCUAAGAGCGGAUAUGUGUAGUAUAUAGCUCACGACAGUACAUCUGAGUUGGAUUUAUGAGGCGGGAUCUAGAAAAAAGUUGUAGAAUUCAGUAGAGAAAAUGAAUUAGUUUGGAACUUGGUAUUGGUCUUGCAAAGAUUUCAUAUUAUUGAUGCUUGUAGUGGAUACCCCGAUAGGAGGUACCUACCUAGGUACCUAGGUAGGU